UAAUCCCAAACAAAGUUGAGAACAGGGACACUGCGGUGAUCACGACAGUGUUAGCAGUACCUACCUAGUAACAUUAGGAGUGUGAAAUAAAAAUACAUCAAAAUGAAGGAAGACAAGGAAAACGCUCGUCCCCGGGAAAAGAAAGUGGAGAUCAAAUGCGAAGAAAACGAAAAACCAGAGAAGCCAAAUAAGGAAAAGAAGGAGGCUGCAAUGACCAAGAUUGUUAUUCGCCGCCUUCCCCCAAACUUAACGAAGGAGGAACUCGAGGAGCAACUGCAACCUCUGCCUGAGGUGGAUUACCUUGAGUUCUUCUCCAGUGACACCAGCCUACGCCCUCACAUCUUCUCGAGAGCUUACAUUAAUUUCAAGAACCAAGAAGACAUUGUUCUAUUCAGAGACCGCUUUGAUGGAUAUGUCUUCAUAGAUAACAGAGGGCAGGAAUACCCAGCCAUAGUUGAGUUUGCGCCUUUCCAGAAGAUUGCCAAAAAGAAGAGUAAGAAAAAGGAUGCCAAAGCUGGUACUAUUGAUGAAGAUGCUGACUUCAAGAAGUUUUUAGAGAAUUACAAUGGUGAUGAAGAAAAGUUAAUGUCAACUCCUGAAACAUUACUGGAAGAAAUAGAGGCCAAAACCAAAGAGCAAGUCGCUAAAAAAACAACUCCUCUCUUGGACUUCCUGAAAAACAAACAGCGAAUCAGGGAGGAGAAGAAAGAGGAGAGGAGGCGGAGGGAGCUGGAGCGCAAGCGUCUGCGGGACGAGGAGCGGCGCAAGUGGCGGGAGGAGGACAGGAGGAAGCGCAAAGAGGUGGAGAAGCAGAAGAAAGGUGACAGGAACUACAACAAAGACAGGGAAAAGGCCAAGGAGGAGCCACAGAUCAAGCUGCUGAGAAAGCCAGAGAAAAUGGAUGACCCAGCUGACUGUGACAAACUUAAAGACUUAAAGGUGAAGAAAAGCGAGAAGGAGAAACCUAAAGACGACAGGCCUUUGGGGGCUGUGGAUUUGAAGAAAAGCCAAAACAGCGGGAACCAAGAUAACCGAGGAAGGAAGGCAGAGGAGGACAUGCAGAAGGAGAGCAGGGAUUGGGAUUUAGAGCGAGAGAGGGACCGAGACAGGGAGAGGGAGCGGCGCCAGAGAGAGAAGGAGCGCAUCAGAAAACAGGACGAUGACCGACGGAGGAAGAGGGGAGACGGGGAGAACUACCGGAAGCGGGAUGAGGAAGUGAAAAGGGACAAGGAUCACAUGUGGCAGAAGAAAAGGGCCGAAAACGCAGAGGACCCGGUCGCUCGUGCCGAUAAGCCCGAAAGGACUGCCAGGGAAGACAGAAAAGAGGAAGGUGCCAAAAGGGACCGCUUAAGGAACAAGGAUCGGCCAGCCAUUCAGCUGUACCAGCCCGGCGCCAGAGGCCGCAACCGCGGAACGGCGGGAGGCGACCACCAGGCUGUGGAGAGGAAACCAGAGAGUGAGACCAAAGGUGCUCAGGAGAAGAGAGAGGAGUGACCCUGCAGCCUAGACCACGCGCUGCAUCGGCUGAGGCAAGGGAGAGGAGCUUGCUCUGACUGAGGCCACAGAAGCGCAGCAGUCGGUCCACUCCUGGCCCCCACCCCUCGCUCCCACUGCAGGAGAGCCAGGAGCAGUGAUGGCGACAUUUGUGACAGUGACGCCUUUCAGUUCGUCACCCUCCAGUGCCUGAAUGAGUCCCUUAAUAUUGCAUUUGCAGAGAGUGAAGAAAAGUAGUCACUCUGAAUGUGAACAAGAGCUCAGCAAAGGGCUACCAUAUUAGAAACCAAAGCUUGCAAGACCAAGUGAACCAAAAGUGACCUUACAAAAGGCAUACAGCCAAAUGUGCAGCACUAUACAGCUGCAUAGCAUUUCAGUGGCCUGCAUCCUUUAAGGGGUAAAUUCACACACAUACACAAUAUAAUUCACAGAGGUACAUGGGGCAUUUCUGCAUUUGUUAAAGUAAAGCCUGUUCAUUUAUGACUUGGGCUCCUAUUUCAUCUUUACACUUUUAAGAGCAAUGUGUAGACCUGAUUCCCCCAUAUCUCCAUGUGCUCUGUAUAUCUGAG